AAUAAUUAUUGAUAUCCGUAUAUUUAUUUGAUAGGCUUAUGAUUAUAUUAGUUAACAGCAACAUCCAUUGUAUAAAGCAUUAUUGAAUUCCAAAUUAUAAUAGCUAUGUUAAGCAUAGUUACUGCAAAAUCUACCCUAAAGUUUGAACUUAAACAAUUCAUCCAAGGAUCUCUUUCCAAUCCCCAAUAUGCUAAGUAAGCUAAUAUUUAUAUCCCUGUCUCUCAUUUAUAUACCAUAUAUAUGAAUUAUUUGCCAUAAUUAUGUAGAUGUCCUGGCGAUGAAUAAACCGAUGGAACUGGAUCAAUACUUUUCCAAUUCAACGCAAUUUUUGUAAUAAGCCAACUUCCUGAACCCAUUUUCUGUGCAACAAAUGAAUUUCAACUAAAAGUAAAAAAACAACGUUGAUAAUCCAAUUACAGUUGAUGACGAUGAACCAUAAUAAGAGUAGAAAAAAUGUCACAAUCCACUAUGCAAGAAUGUGGGUGACAAAAAGAUCAAGUCAAAAAAGAAUGAUAUCUUAUUCUUUUGUGACAAAUGCUCGAAAUUAUAUAAUAAAGGAAACUUUUGUGAUUUCUGUGAAUAAGUGUAUGGGUCCUAUGAUGAUGAGGCAGGCUGGAUCCAAUGUGAUACUUGUCAAAAGUGGAAUCAUAUUGCAUGUGAAUAAAAAAAUAGGAAUUAAAAUAUUCAAAUAGAAUUUGAAACUAGUCAAUAUCACUGUUUGGGUUGUUCCAAAAAUAUCAAGAAACCUAAAAUAAUUAAAAAAGUUGAAGAACCUCCUGUUGUGAAAUAACGUCCAAUGAUAGAAUAAGAGGAUUGUAGAAACAGGGAAAAAAACAUUACUUUUGUUGCAACCAAGGAUAAUAAAAUUUAAUACACAUAUCGAUUCAAUUUAAUGGAUGAUGAAAUCAAGCAAGAUUUAGAUUAAUUGAGAAAUUCAACAAAAAAAAAACCAAAAAUUUAAUAAUCAUCUCCACCAAAAAUCUAAUAAAACAUCCCAACUUAAUAACCUACUCAAACUCAACAGCAAUAAACCCAAUAAGAAAGCUAAGAGACUUCAUUCGCUAAUAGAAAUUUAAGAAGAAGAAUUAAUUAAAAAAUCAACUAUAGAGAUUUGAUUGGGGAGUAUUGA